AUGGAGGAUAGUGAUAAGGUUAGUGAUUAUUUCACUAAAAUUCUGAGUAUUACUAACCAGAUGAAGAGAUGUGGCGAGUCCAUUAGUGAUUUUAUGAUAGUUGAAAAGAUUAUGCAGUCUCUACGUCAGCGGUUCGAUUACAUUGUUGUGGCCAUUGAAGAAUCAAAAGAUAUAGAGAAGAUGAAGAUUGAGGAACUACAAAGUUCCUUAACGGCACAUGAAAUGAGAUUGGUAGACCGAAAUCCCAUAAAGAAUGAUGAGCAAGCACUCAAGGCGUUGUAUGUCAGAAAUGAAGAGAAAAAGAAGUUCAAGAAGUGGAAAGGAAAACCAGCGAAAGGAAAAUGGAAAAAUGAGUAUAAUGCAAAUGAGCAAGAUGAAAAGGUUGAAUGUCCUGAAGGCAAGAGUGGUUCUGAAAAGAACAUAAAGAAGAAAGAUAGAAGGAAUGUAGAAUGCUUUAGUUGUCAUAAGAUGGGGCAUUACGCAUUCGAAUGUUACUCAAAUAAAGGUAAACAGAAGAAGAAACAACAAAACAAGGAGGCGUAUCUAGCUCAAGAGGACUCUGAUUCAGAACCAUUGAUGUUGAUGGUGACAACAACAACUGAUAAUUCACAAUCAUUUGUGAAAUCGUGGUAUUUGGACUCGGGGUGCUCAAAUCACAUGACAUGCAACAAGGAGUGA